UGCCCAGCUUAAGUUUGUGCAGAAAUCCUUUCCUUAUUUAAAGAAUGAAAUAAGCAAAACAUUUAAAGUUUAAUAAUGCCACAAAUAACAAAUAAACCAAAUGAAUCCACAAUAAGAGUGCCAUUCGAGACGCCGCGGCUCGCUGAAAUCGCCUACAGAGUGCUGAGUGUUGACCAGGAGCCACGCCGGAAUUUCGUCAAGAAGACCCUCAGCCUGGAUGGCGACGUCCUGGUGGUCACAUUCCAAGCUGACCAAGUGAAGAACCUGCGAACAGCAAUCACCUCCUUCUUCGAGAGCCUGCUCCUCUGCCAGGACACCAUCAAGCAGUUCGGCGAGUCCAAAGGAGACACAGCAGUCCGGGGGAACAACGACGACAAUGCCGGAACACAGUCCGGCUCCGACUCCGCAUAG